AUGACUCAGUCUGUCAGCUCCGCCUUGGAUGCCAAUGUCUAUGGAGUCCUGAACCGUCUACUGUCCGUUGGUCGGAUUGGAAUGCAUCCCGAGGCCGAGGUGGUAGGAAGGCCGGACCGCGUUUACUAUCAACCUCCAAGAGAUGCACGAGUACUCAUUGAGAUCAAUACGAAUAGGGCCUUGGCCUGUGACGAUCUCGUAGCAAAGUACAGGGAAGACAUGGAUCUUGUCGCCAGGAAUGAAACACCAGCAAACCCCACGUGGCGCCAGGUCCACCAGAUAUUCGGCUAUCAUUCUCACAACAACCUGCGGUAUGGCGUCCUCACUACCUACCACCAGACCUGGUUUAUGAGGAGAGAUGCGGGGAGAAUAUGGAUAUCGCCCACGAUUUAUCACGACAACAUCACCCCAACAUUGCUACAGUGCUACAUGUAUCUCAUUGAGUUUGCCGACCAAGAUCAUACCACUCCGCCUGCUCCACCGUCCCCCCCGCCAGACCCUGAUGAUGACGACGACGGUGACAAUGGCGGUGGCGGUGACUCGAACGACGGUGGGUACCAGGGACGAAAGCAGCAUGCCGGAAAGCAAGAUCAGCAGCACUCCAGUAUCAUUACAUGGAGCAAGAGCAAGAGCAAGAUUCAGCAGAUCUUCCGAGGACAGAGCAUAGUCCGGCAGCUUCCAAAUGGACUGACCGUGACAGUUGGGAAGCUAUACCUGCAUGAAUAUGAGAUCCAAGAGGUUCUUGGAGAGGGUCGAAAUGGACGUGUUUUUCGCGUAAUGUGGGGGGACGAACAAGUGGCGUUGAAGACAUGCGAUUUGUACAAAAAUCCGGAGUAUGAAGACGAGAUGCUCACGGAGGUGGCCGUGUACGAGGCACUUAAAGUCCUUCAAGGUGUCUGCAUUCCCCAUAUCAAGACUGCAGAGUAUGAUGGAGGCAUAUUUGUCGUCGCGAUGGAGAUUGUGGGAUCUCCCAUGGAGGUAGACACGCUGAACCAUGAGGAGCGCUUGAAGAUCGUCGACCAUUUGUCGCUGAUUCACCAGCAUGGGAUCGUCCAUAACGACAUUCGGCCCCACAAUAUCCUUGUUCGCCGCUGUGAUGGUGGAUUCCAAGUCCGAUUCAUUGACUUUUCGUUGUCAAGGCGUACCUAUGAUAAGCAUGCGCUGAAGAAGGAGAUAAUCCAGCUGGAAUGUCUACUUUGGCCCAGUGGACGCACCUGA